UCUGGCGGCCCCGGCGCCAUUUUGCCUGAGCGUGCGAGCUGGUGGGAGUGGAACGCAUCGGCCGUUGUAGCCGUCGCCUUCUUCCUCCCCACAGUCCAAACAGCGCGGUGACUAGGCCGUCGGCCCUCGAGCCGAGACAUAUUUCUUAUUUAGUUGUCGGGAGCGCCUGGCCGACAUGAGUGAUGUAGAGGAGAACAACUUCGAGGGCAGAGAGUCUCGCUCUCAGUCAAAAUCUCCAACGGGAACUCCUGCUCGUGUAAAAUCAGAGAGCAGGUCAGGAUCUCGUAGUCCAUCAAGGGUUUCCAAACAUUCUGAAUCCCAUUCUCGAUCAAGAUCAAAAUCCAGGUCAAGAUCAAGGAGGCAUUCUCAUAGACGCUACACUCGAUCCAGGUCGCACUCUCACAGGAGACGAUCUCGUAGUAGGUCCUAUACACCCGAGUAUAGGCGGCGGAGGAGCCGGAGUCACUCUCCCAUGUCUAAUCGCAGAAGGCAUACUGGCAGCAGGGCAAACCCAGAUCCUAACACUUGCCUGGGAGUAUUUGGCCUCAGUUUGUAUACAACAGAGAGAGAUCUUCGUGAAGUGUUUUCUCGAUAUGGACCUCUGAGUGGUGUUAAUGUAGUUUAUGAUCAGCGAACUGGGAGGUCACGUGGAUUUGCUUUUGUGUAUUUUGAGAGGAUAGAUGACUCUAAGGAGGCUAUGGAAAGAGCAAAUGGGAUGGAGCUGGAUGGUAGAAGAAUUCGUGUGGAUUAUUCUAUCACCAAGAGAGCGCACACGCCUACACCGGGCAUCUACAUGGGCAGGCCAACUCAUAGCGGUGGUGGAGGUGGCGGAGGAGGAGGUGGUGGCGGUGGCGGUGGUGGCGGUGGUAGACGACGAGAUUCCUACUAUGAUAGAGGAUAUGAUCGAGGCUAUGAUAGAUACGAAGAUUAUGAUUACCGGUACAGAAGACGGUCUCCCUCUCCGUACUAUAGUCGCUACAGGUCUCGAUCAAGAUCCCGUUCCUAUAGCCCAAGACGCUAUUGAUACUGAAGUGAUUGUGCCCAAGGACUUUGCUUUUUCUUCUUUUUGAUUUUGGAUUUCUAAGCUUCCAUGCUUCCUAGUCCUUUAAAAAACAAACAAACAAAAAAAAACUGGUUUAUUUAACUCUGCGUGGCCAGUUGUGUCGCAGUCUGACCCUGUUCCCUGAGGUGUAUUUGUCCUUUCAGUAGCUGAAGCCCAUCGAUGCUUUGUGGUUCUUCUCUGCCUUUCCAGAGGAGUAGCUUCCUUGCUGUGGGGACAGAAACCAUCUUUUGAAAGCUUCUUCCGGUGGAUAUUGUAGUAGAAAUUAGAAAUCUGUGGUUAUGACAAACUGCUUAUUAAUCUUCUUUGAGGGAAGAUAAAUAACACUUUAAGUAGGUCAGUCAUGUCAGGUUUGUCUGGAGUGGCGUGGAGCAGUUGAAUAGUUGACUGUAGAAAGUUUGAAGCUCUAGGAGAAAAUGUGGGACAUUUCUUUUGAAGAGUAUAACUUUGAACCUAAAAAUUACGUCACCUUUUAGAAAUUAAAAGCUUGUAAUUCCUAUAAGACAUGUUGUGUUUGAAUUUACAUGUUAAACCUUAUAAACUUAAAGUGUGAUUUUUAUGUUAAAUUUACGGAAAUUAAGUAUUCCCUUAAUCACUGAAGGACAACCUUUAUUUAUUACUUAGAACAAUUGUCUAACUUGCUGUUAGAAAUUUUGGUAUUGGGACAUUGGUUACAUGGGUUAUUAUUGUAUAGGAUCCUAAAAUACAUGUGGGGAAGAGUGAUUUCAAAUAAAAGUUAACUCAAAAAUGG